CGCUGUCCAAAUGCCGGUGUUUGUUGGGGUGGUUCUCAUCAGGUGGCGACUGCCACUAUCAUGAUUAUGGGUGACACAUGCACCCGCGGUUGUCGUUUCUGUUCUGUGAAGACAUCACCACGUCCUCCACCUCUCGAUCCGGAGGAGCCCGCGAACACAGCAGAAGCCAUCAGCCGCUGGAAUGUAGACUAUAUUGUCAUCACUUCGGUGGAUCGAGAUGACCUGCCUGACGGUGGAGCAAGUCACAUUGCCGAAACAAUUCAUCAAAUCAAACGUCGUAAACCAUCCAUCCUCGUCGAGUCGUUGGUACCCGAUUUUCAAGGAGAUGAAAAAUCCAUUGCCGAAGUUGUGAAUGCUGCGCCCGAAGUGUACGCACACAAUUUAGAAACCGUUGAAUCGUUGCAAAGGUCAGUCCGA